AUCUGCAACUCAUGCGCGCACACACUCACCUUCACAUUGCGGAUGGUACCGUUAUGUAUAAUAAGUAAGUACCAUCAGUGUGAAGUACCACAUGUUUCGGUUCCAAUGUCAGUGGAUUGAGGAUAUUUGGGUGAGAGUGCGAAGAAAAUGAGUGAACAGAGUCAUGAAAGCAGCGCUAAAGAGACUGAUUGCGAAGGGGAGGCUGAACCUAAGAGAACCCAUGUUGAAUGGAGUCCCUUUGUAGAGCGUCUUUUCAGCACCUACUGGGGCCUUUCGUUGCUUUUUGGGGGCGUUUCUAUGUUAACCAUCCUGUUCAUUGCGGCAGAUGAAUGCAGACAAUGCUUUAACAAGCCCGUGGAUGUAGCUGAAGAGUCCUCCAAAACGUUCUGGGUUUAUGGAAAAAACUCCGAAGGGGGCCAUCUGAAGGAGGUUUACACGGUGUUGGAGCGGCUGGGGUACCAAAAAACCCAAAACCCAGGGGGCGAUUGGGACCUCCUAUGGGCCCACGACUACCCAUUUCGGGCCCUUCAAGCACAGCUAAGUCAUCUGAAGCCCCAUCAAAAGGUCAAUCACUUUCCUGGAUGCGGCUACAUAACCAAUAAAGUGGAUUUGGCUACCAGCGGUCUACGCUACAUCCCGCCCGCCUUCAAGCUUCCGCAAGACAAAGAGAAGUUGCUGCAGUUUGCGAAAAUGAAUCCGAAUAAAACGUUUGUGCAAAAGAACAACGACCAUAGGAACAUCAAGAUAGAACAGCUGUCGAACAUCGAUCUGGACAAGAGCGGGAGCUUUGUCCAGGAGUUUGUGGAUAAGCCCCUGUUGCUCAGCGGACACAAGUUUGAUAUUGGGAUCUACACCGUUGUUACAUCAAUCGAUCCUCUCAGGGUGUAUAUUUACAAUGGUGAAGCCUUGCUACGAUUUUGCCCGACAAAAUAUUACCCAUUCGAUCCAGCAAAUCUGGAUAAGUACGUGGUAGGAGACGAUUAUUUACCCAUAUGGGAGGUGCCAGCUGUAGACUAUUACUACAACCAAUUAGGGUUUGGAAUGCGGGAAAGUCUGAAUGCCUACCUAAGGAGUCAAGGCAGGGACCCGAGUGUGAUCUGGACGCAAAUUGAAGACUCUAUUCGAACGGUUUUAAUAGCCAAAGAGCCUCUAAUUGCCUACGUUCUUAAAAGGUUCAGGCACAAAAGAAACUUCUUCGAAAUGAUGAGGUUCGACUUCGUAAUCGAUGAAGAACUGAACAUUUACCUAUUGGAAGCCAACAUGAGCCCCAAUUUAUCAUCCUCGCAUUUCCCACCAAAUCGACUCCUCUAUCAGCAGUUGCUGUAUAACGUUCUUGGAUUGGUCGGAGUAGGACAACGGAUUCACAAGAACACUCUCGAAGUAAGGUCCAAAGAGGAAGAACUGAUGAUAGUUUCCGAGAAACAACUGGCUACAUAUCCAGAAAAAUGCAACAGUCCAUUGUGUAGGAGCAGUUGCGUAUCUCCCGACUGCCAGCUUUGCAAGCCUUGCCUAUCGCCGGAAACUAAGCGCUAUUUGAUCGAGGCUUUUAAAGAGCAUUUGCACCGCGGCGACUGCAAAAGAAUAUUUCCCCCUGUUGAGAUAAGGGACGAGGCACUAAAAGCGGUAGAGGACAGUUACUCGGCGGAAAAUCAACUUCACUACAGUUGGUUUAAAGGAAAAUGCCUUUUGGACAGCACUUGGUGUUGAUUUUAUUGAAAUCUUUUGCCGAAAGGAUGAGGGAGUAGAUUUCUUAGAUGGAAUGUGAAGGGGGCGUCCUUAGAUGGAAUGUAUACAUGGGCGGAUCCAGCUUUAAAGUCAGGGGGGGGGGGAUGUAGAAAAAAUACAGUUUUCUGUUAUACGCAA